AUGGCGCUUUAUGCCUGGCGGAGCACCGAAUGGAGCGAGUGUCGUGUUGACGCGCUGCUCAGCCAGCAGGACCGGCGGCGUGGGAAUCAGACGGGUUUGUGUGGCGGAGGUGUUCAGAGCAGAGAAGUGUACUGCGUUCAGGCCAACGCAGAACUCCUCAGCUACAUCAAUAACAACAAAGACAAACAAGCAUCACAACCCGUAGACGUUAGGCUGUGCAAGGGAACGACUCCGAGCACCACGCAGCUGUGUCACAUCCCGUGCCCUGUGGAGUGUGAAGUGUCCCCGUGGGGCGCCUGGGGGCCCUGUACCUUUGAGAAUUGCGAUGAACGGGUUGUGAAGAAAGGUUUCAAGUUCAGACGACGCACAAUCACUAAUUACCCCACGGGUGGAGAGGGGAGCUGUCCUCAUCUGGUGGAGGCUAUCCCGUGUGAUGAUCCCAGCUGUUUUAGCUGGCAGCUGGUCAAGCUGGAGGAGUGUAUCCCAGAAGAAGACAUGGACUGUGGAGAGGGAACACAGACUCCACGGGUCCGCUGUGUCAACAGCGAAGGUAUCGAGGUGGAGAAGGAGAUGUGUGUGGAUGAAGUCUAUCCUUCAUCUGUGCCCUGUGUGGUUCCCUGCCCUAAAGACUGCGCUCUCAGCCUCUGGACCGAAUGGUCCACCUGCUCCCAGACCUGCUCCAGCAAAACCGCCGAAGGCAAGCAGAUGAGAACCCGAGCAAUACUGGCUUACAAUGCAGGCGAAGGAGGUUCCAGCUGUCCUAACACCAGCGCCCUUCAGGAGGUGCGCGACUGUAAUGAGCAUCCCUGCAUCGUGUAUCACUGGCAGACGGGGCCCUGGGGACAGUGCGUGGAGGACACCACCACAUCCACCCUCAACACCUCCUCCAGCGCGGACAGGUCCACCUGCACCAUGGGUGUUCAAACGCGCAAGGUCAUCUGCGUAAAAGUCAACGUCGGACAGGUGCCGCCCAAAAAAUGUCCUGAAGCCCCCCGGCCGGAGUCAGUGAGACCCUGUCUGCUGCCCUGCAAGAGAGACUGUAUAGUCACAUCCUUCAGUGAAUGGACAGAGUGCCCCACUUCCUGUGAAGCAGGUGUAAAUGGGCAGAAGAAUAAACAGUAUCGCUAUCGAGUGAUCAUCCAGAUGCCAGCUAAUGGAGGUCAGGAGUGUCCAGAAGUCCUUUAUGAAGAGAAAGACUGUGCGACUCCAUCUGUCUGUCCGGGUUACAGGUGGAAAACGCACAAGUGGCGUAAAUGUCAGCUGGUCCCUUGGAGCAUCCAUGAGGACACUAAAGGAGCUCAGGAGAACUGUGGAGCUGGAGUCCAAACCAGAGCUAUCUCGUGUAGGCAGCUGGAUGGUACAGUGGCUGAUGUGGUUCGGUGUCUGAAGUUUGCCAGCAGCAUGCCGGUGAUGAGCCAGCCCUGCCAGCUACCGUGUCGAGAUGACUGCCAGCUCACCAGCUGGUCCAAGUUCUCUCCCUGCACCUCGGACUGCGUAGGGGUCCGUACGAGGAGGAGAGCUCUCGUGGGAAAAAGCAAGAAGAAGGACAAGUGCAAGAACAGCCAGAUGUACCCGCUGAGCGAGACCCAGUACUGCCCAUGUGACAAAUACAACGCCCAGCCGGUGGGGAACUGGUCUGACUGCAUCCUGCCCGAGGGCCGCGUGGAGAACGCCGCAGGCCUGAAGGUGUUGGGAGACGUGAGAGACGUGAAGGAGUGCGGGCAGGGCUACCGCUAUCAGGCCAUGGUGUGCUACGACCAGGACAACAGACUCGUGGAGACGGCACGCUGUAACAGCCACGGGUACAUCGAGGAGGCCUGCAUCGUUCCUCGCCCGCCUGAUUGUAAACUCAGUGAAUGGUCCAACUGGUCGCGCUGCAGUAAAUCCUGUGGCAGCGGGGUCAAAGUUCGUUCGAAAUGGCUCAGAGAAAAGCCUUACAAUGGAGGAAGACCCUGGAAACUGGACCACCUUAACCAGGCACAGGUGUACGAGGUGGUCCCUGCGCGCAGCGACUGCAGUCAGUAUAUCUGGGUCGCUGAACCCUGGAGCGUGUGGAAGGUCAGUAACGUGGAUCUGAAGGAGAACUGUGGAGAGGGCGUUCAGACCAGAAGAGUCAGGUGUAUGUUGAACACAGUGGACGGUCCCUCCGACGCAGUGGAGGACUAUCUGUGUGAUCCAGAGGAGAUGCCGCAGGGGACGAGGGAGAGCCGUCUGCCCUGUCCCGAGGACUGUGUGCUGUCCGACUGGAGCCCCUGGACCCCGUGUGACCUGCCGUGUUCUGGAAGAGGAGACCGGGAGAGGACGGCGUUUGCGCUGCGUCUGCCUAAAGAAGGAGAGGACUGUCCGGUCAGCAUGCAGACCGAGCCCUGCUUCCUGAACCGAAACUGUUUUCACUACAGCUACAACAUCACCGACUGGAGCACAUGCCAAUUAAGUGCCAGCGCUGUGUGUGGAAUCGGUCUCAAGACGAGGAUGCUGGACUGCGUUAGAAGUGACGGCAAAUCUGUCGACCUCAAGUACUGCGAGAAGCUGCGCUUGGAGAAGAAAUGGCAGAUGAACGCUUCCUGUACGGUGGAGUGUCCAGUCAACUGCCAGCUCUCUGAUUGGUCAGCAUGGUCAGACUGCUCACAGACCUGUGGCCUUGAAGGGAAGAUGUGGCGCAGACGGACGGUGGUUGAGGCGUCUCAGGGGGACGGCAGGCCGUGUCCGGCUCAGAUGGAGCAGUGGAAGCCGUGUCCUGUGAGACCCUGCUACAGAUGGCAGUACGGCCCGUGGUCCGAGUGCCGUGUCGAGGUGGUGGUGUGUGGGGUGGGCCUGCGUUUCCGGAACCUGUCGUGCUUUGUAUCAGAUGGCUCCGGCGAUGGGAAGAGCAGUAUUGUAGAAGAAGAGCUCUGUGCUGGAUUGGAGCAGGCUGUCGAUGGAGAUAAGAAUAUUGUUCUGGAGGAGACCUGCACCUUACCCUGCCCUGGUGACUGUUACCUGAUGGAGUGGUCCGACUGGAGCCCGUGUCAGAGUGUGUGCGUGAAGGGUCAGCGGUUGGACUUCAGUCCGGCUCAGGUCCGUUCUCGGGCCGUCAUCGCUCAGGAGCCGGAGAACAUCGCUCAGUGUCCCGAUCAGGAGUGGCAGACCCGGCCCUGCAGCAAUGGGGAGUGUUAUGAGUACCAGUGGAUGGGCAAUCCUCAGCUGAUCUGGUGUCAGCGCUCGGAUGGAAUAAACGUCACAGGUGGAUGCCCUCCAGCGCUACUGCCAGGGACGGACCAGUCAUGUGAUCCGCCUUGUGACAAACCACAGUCAUUUUGCUCAGAGGAAGGCGUGUGUGUGUGCGAGGAGGGCUACACCGAGGUGCUCACGGCCGAGGGGAUGCUGGAGCAGUGUGCUCCCAUCCCUGUGCUCGAAAUCCCCACCGCAGGGGACAAGAAAUCUGAUGUGAAGACCAGCAGGGCCAUCAACCCCACCCUGCCCACCACAAUACAGCCUGGCCGCGCCGGACGCACCUGGUACCUGCAACCCUUUGGACCAGACGGAAAGCUGAAGACGUGGGUGUACGGCGUGGCGGCGGGAGUUUUUGUCCUCCUGGUAUUUAUCGUGUCAAUGAUUUACCUCGCAUGCAAAAAGCCAAAGAAACCUCAGCGAAGACAAAAUAAUAAUCGAUUGAAACCCCUGACCCUGGCGUACGACGGAGAUGUGGACAUGUAGCCCUUCUCGUGAAAAAUAUCAUCAGCAGCAAAAUGGUCGAAUCUUAUGAAAACAUAUCCAGGUUAAAUCAUACCCCAAAUAUGCUCAAAAUAAUUUUUUUUGGCUUAUUUUAGCACCUUUUUACAUUUAUAAAAUGUUUCAAAUUAUUUUAUAAAUUAUUUAUGAAAAUUAAUUUUCUUGGAAUUAUUUUUUAACGCUGUAUUACAUCUGAACAAUUUACUUUUUGUUUUUGUAAUUCUCAGUAUUGUCAACAGCGAUUUUUUUUUUUUAAUCAUAAUAAAUUAAAGACAAUAUGACGUAUCUAUUAAUACUUAUUUACUGUUUACAAUAUGUAAAAUUGUCAUUUAAAUGCCGUUAUAAUAUCAAA